CGUAGCCGGGCAGGGGUGCUGGGUUCCCCUAGCAUCCGGGUGGUGCAGUCGGGGCGGGCUGCACGCUGGUGGAGACCCGGGUCCUGCAGAAGGCUCGAGCAGACUCGCUGGGACCCGGGCCCUGCAGACAGACAGCCGGGCAGACUCGCUGGGACCCGGGCCCUGCAGACAGACAGCCGGGCAGACUCAUCUACACCCGGGCCCUGCAGACAGACAGCCGGGCAGACUCGCUUACACCCGGGCCCUGCAGACAGACAGCCGGGCCGACUCGCUUACACCCGGGCCCUGCAGACAGACAGCCGGGAAGACUCAUCUAGACCCGGGUCCUGCAGACAGACAGCCGGGCAGACUCAUCUACACCCAGGCCCUGCAGACAGACAGCCGGGCAGACUCGCUUACACCCGGGCCCUGCAGACAGACAGCCGGGCAGACUCGCCGGGAUGCUACUGCCGCCUGCCCUGCGCUGCGCCGCGCUGCUCCGCACCUGGACGGGAGCCGGGCUGCGAUGGGGACACACUCACUCCCUGAAGAUUGUCAACGAGCCCAUCCUGGCCUUCACAAAGGGCAGCCCUGAGCGAGACGCUCUGCAGAAGGCCUUGAGGGAUCUGAAGGGCAAGACGGAAGCCGUGCCGUGUGUGGUGGGAGACGAGGAGGUGUGGACGUCCAAUGUGCAGUACCAGGCGUCGCCUUUCAACCAUGGACAUAAGGUGGCCAAGUUCUGCUAUGCAGAUGAGGCACUGCUCAACAAAGCAAUCGCGGCCUCCCUGGCUGCCAGGAAGGACUGGGACCUGAAGCCCGUCGCUGACCGGGCCCAGAUCUUCCUGAAGGCAGCGGAUAUGCUUAGUGGGCCCCGCAGGGCCGAGGUGCUUGCAAAGACCAUGGUGGGACAGGCCAAGACCGUGGUCCAGGCUGAGAUCGACGCUGCAGCUGAGCUCAUCGACUUCUUCAGAUUCAAUGCCAAGUUCGCCGUGGAGCUGGAAGGGGUGCAGCCCAUCAGCGUGUCCCCCAGCACCAACCGUAUGGUCUACCGAGGGCUGGAGGGCUUUGUGGCAGCCAUCUCUCCUUUCAACUUUACGGCGAUCGGUGGUAACCUGGCAGGGACGCCCGCCUUGAUGGGCAACGUGGUCCUGUGGAAGCCCAGUGACACUGCUGUGUUGGCCAGCUACGCCGUCUACCGCAUCCUCCGGGAGGCCGGCCUGCCCCCAAACAUUAUCCAGUUCGUGCCAGCUGACGGGCCCACGUUUGGGGACACCAUCACCAGCUCAGAGCAUCUGUGUGGCAUCAACUUCACAGGCAGCGUGCCCACCUUCAAACACCUGUGGAAGCAGGUGGCCCAGAACCUGGACCGUUUCCGCACCUUCCCACGCCUGGCUGGAGAGUGUGGUGGGAAGAACUUCCACUUUGUGCACCGCUCGGCGGACGUGGACAGCGUGGUGAGCGGGACGCUGCGCUCGGCCUUUGAGUACGGGGGCCAGAAGUGCUCAGCCUGCUCCCGCCUCUACGCGCCCAGCUCGCUGUGGCCGGAGAUCAGAGGGCGCUUGCUGGAGGAACACGGCCGCAUCACAGUGGGCGAUCCUGCAGAGGACUUCGGGACCUUCUUCUCUGCUGUGAUUGAUGCCAAGUCCUUUGGCCGCAUCAAGAAGUGGCUGGAGCACGCCCACUCUUCACCCAACCUCACCGUCCUGGCCGGGGGCAAGUGUGACGAUUCUGUGGGCUAUUUCGUGGAGCCCAGCAUCAUCGAGAGCAAGGACCCUCGGGACCCCAUCAUGAAGGAGGAGAUCUUCGGGCCUGUGCUGACUGUCUUUGUUUACCCCGAUGACAAGUACAAGGAAGCACUGCAGCUGGUCGACAGCACCACCGGCUACGGCCUCACAGGGGCAGUGUUUGCACAGGACACGAAUGUGGUCCAGGAGAUCACGGAGAUGCUGAGGAAUGCCGCCGGCAACUUCUACAUCAACGACAAGUCCACCGGCUCAGUGGUGGGCCAGCAGCCCUUCGGGGGGGCCCGGGUUUCAGGAACCAACGACAAGCCGGGGGGACCCCACUAUGUCCUACGCUGGACGUCACCCCAGGUCAUCAAGGAGACACACCAGCCUCUGGGGGACUGGCGCUACCCCUACAUGCAGUGAGCCAUCUGGACACCCACCUCAGCUAUCCUGCCCAUCCGUCCGUCCAGACAACUAACCUCAAAUGGCCCCAUGCCCUCAACCCCACUCCCCAUGGGACACAGCCCGUGUCCUGGCCUGUCCCACCUGGGGUCAGGUGCUUGGACUCUGGCUGGAGACUUGCUGGGAGGAACAGGGCCUAGAAAUUGGUGGCUUGGUCACAGCGCCAGCCGGCUCCCCGACGGGAGCUGAAGAGAGAAGGCUAGCAGCUGGUACCCCUUGGGGCAAAGAGGUCACUCUGGCCCGUGGGAGCCUCAGUGCCAACAGCUUCCUCGCCUUGGCCCGACUUCUCCAGGACUUCAGGGCUCGCUCACCCCAGCCCACAGUGCCAGGGCACACGCCUGUUCUCCACCACAGACCUCACCUGUCCACGUGCCUUGCUCCACCAGAAUCCUGUGAGUCCUGCCCACGCAGCUAUGCGGUAGGCCUUCCUGUCUGCGAGAGCCUUGAUGGCCCCUCAGCUUUCUGUUCCGCCCACAGAGACAGUCGGCCUGGGGCUUCCUCCAGGAGUUCAGCUCCCAGCUCCCCUGACCUGGCCUUGGGUCUGUCUCCCUGCAGCCUGGUCCAAGAGUUGACUGUUGAAUCGUCCCUUGGUCAUCCCCUUAAGUGCCUGAGUGUCACACCCGUGACCUUCUGCCUCUGCUUCUUGUCGGUUCUUCGGAGCACCCGGGCAGGUGUUCUGCUAAUAGUCGCAGUGCACUGUGAGACAGUGCCGCCCAAUAAAGUGCCUGAGGCCCAGGAGUGGUCUAGUGACGUCA